CCUCAUUGCUGACACAUAUAACUACGGAUCAACUGCAACUUAAUGUGAUGCGAUUAAAAGUUGUAAUAUAUUUAUUCCGAUKAUAAACUUUUAUAUACUAUAACUAAAGACCAAAGUCUCCAGUCUGAAGGUACAUUAUAUACAUAUAUAUUUAAGGUAAUUAAGUCCUUGCAUAUUGUGACAAAAUUCCCAUUCCAAACGUAAAAAAAAAAUUGCWUAUUUAAUGUAUGCGUAUAAACAUCACCUAUAGACAUGAGACCGACGCAAGGAAUGAUGGUGUAUGACGAAGCACUGAUGGUCCURUGGAAUCAAUGUAGGUUGAUUGGCCUUAUAAAUAAGAUAUGUAUUUACUUUAUAAUGGUUUUAUUAGUAAUUUACCUAUUACCGUUGGUAACUCCAAAUGGUUGUUCUUAUUGUAAACAUGAUAAAAAAUGGCAAAAAAGAUGUGAAAUGUAUCAUUCAGUUKAAAAUCAACCAUCGAUGAUCACGGAAGCAUGGAUGAUUAUUAUUUUUAUUUGCGUAUUUUUAGCAUUUAUGAUAAAAAUGAUUUUUGUGAACAACGGCUUAAGAUCUACAGACAUACCAACAGAUGGAAAUAAAGUGAACUCAUGGCUACAUUGGCAUAUAGAUUUCUUUGUGAUUUCCGUUGUAACCUUCUUUGGAUUUUUUUUUAAGGGUCUUACCUGUUAUUCAGCUGAUACCAUAUAUCAUUAUAUACCUUUAAAACUUGGGAUUACAAUUAUAGUUCUAAUGAUAGAAAUCAACGUUGUGAAAAAGUUCAAUAAAGAGUUUGAGAUUUUUGCUAACCAUCGUAAUCAAAAAUUGGUACUUUUAAAUAUCUAAAACAUCAGUAAAUUUGCCAACUACAAUCUACGUCAUGUUAAAUUUUAUUUUAAUCAGCUUUCUCACAUUUUAUAGUUUGAGACAAACACUAUAUGAUACAAAUAAAUAACCAAACACGAGACUUGUAAAGUUGUAACUACCAUUAUUAAAAAAUGCUAAGGAAGUAUGCACCUGACAUGGUGCACCAUUUUUUCCAAUUGGUUUAGAAGUAAAUUAUACUUUGAUACUAUUACUCGUAAAAUGUUGUGUAGUUAUAAAAAAUACAUUUAGGGCCGUUCUUACAAUGUCCGGUUAAGUGUCGGUUAAGACUAACCGGUAGAAUU